AUGGCAACACCCACAGCCCAACUCUCAAACCCCUACUGGCACACCUCAACGCAAACCGUGAAGUCCCAGCCGGACACUAACAUGCCAAUUCCCUGGAUCGGCUACCCGCGCGAUGACCAGACAGCACUCAUGGCGCCCUACUCGAAAGGUCUCCCGUUGGCCGCCAAGCGCCAGCGCUGGAGGCAGAUCUGGUCCACGGUCCCAUCGCAUUGGUCGUUCAAGCCCAGCGAUGAUGACUUGAUGCGGGAUGUUGAGGACAACUUUGGCAUGUUUGUGAGAUGGGAGGCGAGGCUGAUGAGACGAUCGCGAGAGACUGGGCUUGGUCGGGUGGGGAAGGCUGCGGUGGGGAGAUUCGGGGAGGCUGUGGCCGGUGAUGGUGUGCUGACCGAGGACAGUGACUUCGUCUUUGUGGCUAUUGACUUCGAGGGCCAGCACGGUGUGAAGACUGGGAUCAAAGAGUUCGGAGUGGCGGUGCUUGAUACCAGGUCAUGUUUGCGAUCCCUCGGGCGGAAAAGCGCCAGCGGUGAGACUGCGAUAACAUGCCUGAGCUAUGCUCGCACACACAGUGCGUCUCGGCAUUUCCAAUACGGCACUACGACCAAGAUGGACGCGGACCUCGUGAGCGAGCUGAUAACCAGCCAUCUUGCGAUUCAGGAUGAUGAGGAUAUUCAGGCCACACGCUUGCGGAAGGUGGUUCUCGUAGGCCAAAGCAUCAAGCAGGAGCUUUACAACAUAGAGCAAUUGGGUCUCGACGUCCGGCAGCUGGGAGUGGUAGGGAUCAUCGACACAUUCGACUUGGGUCAAAGCACGUUUGGCAAAAGCCUCCGCCUGAGAGAUAUCAUGGAUCGAUUGGAGAUGCCGCAAGGGGAGCACUCGUAUCAUACUGCUGGCAAAGAUGCAUGUUUUGCGCUCCAAGCUAUGCUGGCGAUGCUGGUGCGAAGGCAUCGGAUGGAUGCAUCGUAUCCGGAGCGUCUUGAUUGGUUGGACCAGGUGGCGCGAAGCGUGGAAGCCAGGCCACAGUACAUGGACAAGGAACCGGAGGAGGACUGGGAGGACUGCCUCGGUGGUAACUGCUUCAACGCUUUUGCCGCAGACUGA